AGUUCAUCACGUGGGGAGACAUAUGAGCUAGCAGCGUGGACGUACACACAGCUAGCUAAACCCGAAGUUCAAGCCAAGUUGCUGUUGAACUUGACACUAGAGUUGGUGCACGUAUGCUGGAAGAAGCUAGCUGAUAUCCAUUGACUGUUUGCAUCUUGGACAUUGGACUUCACCGGAGGAGUUAAAACUCUAGGUGCAUUUUGCAAAGUGGGCCAAAAGAUAAUUAAGAAUGGCGACACCGCAUCCAUCCAAGUUGAGAGGUGCUCUCAAUCGUUCCCUCCCUGCUAAACCCGGAGCGUUGGUCAGAGCUGCACGGGCCAAUGGUGACAGCAAUAUGAGUGAGGACUCGUAUAGUGGGCGUGUCCACAUAUCCUCCUCUGUCCCCCGGACACGGUUCACAGCCAAGACCUCCCGCAGUGAAAGAGAAGGCAUAGAAAACCUGCGGACCAAGAUGACAUUCAGUGAUCAUAGCACUGAAAGCUCUGCACGAUCCACCCCACGGAAGAAGCAAUCCAAUCUGCCACUGGAAGGGAUCGUGUCUCCACGAGGCCACACCUCUCUACCUAGUUACGUUCUAGAUGCCGGGAGGGACGACGGGGCAUCAGAGGGCGAGCUCACCAAUUCUGUCACUGUUCAGGACAUACUAGUCAAACUGGACUCUGUCAAGAACUAUUUAAAGGAAGCGGAGUCCUUGCAGAAGCAGCUGCAAGACAAGGUCUCUGAGCCUGGAGCUUCAGCUCAGGUGGAGAAGUUGAAUAAACUGAUUCGGGAGCUGAGACAACAGGAGACCUCCUACCUGGCAGUCCUGCUUAGGAUCAUAGACCGCGGAGAGACUUUCAGCCAGCUGAACACGACACAAGAGGAGAGUGGAUCUGAGAUCAGUGAGGACGAGGACAGUCUGGAGGGAGACGAGGCCCUCAGCCUCAGCCUCAGGGCAGAGCUACAACAGCAGAAGUCUGAGGAGCUGACCACUGAGCAGGAGGAGGAGUUAAGAGUGCUGAGACAGCAGCAGCAGAUGCUCAGAGACCUUAUUCAACAGCAGGAGAAGAUCAAAGAGCUUGAAGGGAAACAGGCAGAGCUUCUUCGUCGCAGAAAUAUGGCUCAGAAGGAGUUAGUUGAUGCUGAAGCUAAGACUCAAGAGUAUCGGCAUCUAACUGAGGCAUCUGCUAUGAUGAGUGAGGGGAAACCCUUAGCUAACGAACAGCCUGACAAACCACCGGAAGAUGAUCAACAAGAAAAUGAGGAGGAGACAAGAAGUCGCGAGGCUCUCCUGAAGAAGAUAGCCACUCUCAAAGAGCGUAAAGAGAAGCUAGAGGGACUGAUGGAUUCGUUUGCUCAAGUGCAACUAGAAGACCCCGAGGCCACACCUGAGGGCAGCAGUGAGGAGAGUGACUCGGGUGAUGGGGAGGGGGACACCAGCGUGGAGCAAGCAGAGGAAGCGAGUGGAACUAGUGAGUUUGUAAAUCCCAGUGAAGGUCUUGCUGACGCUGAGCUGGAAGCCAAACUAAGGAAAGCUGCUGAUGCCAGGCAAAAGCUGAAGGAGUUGAGACUGACAAUAGACAGCCUCAAAGAAGCAACUGGGAUGACUCCUGAUGAUAGGGGUGAGUCUGCUGUUAGGAGGUCUGAUGGUGGGGCUAGUGUGGACGAGGGAGACACCACUCUGGACGCUACCCUCGAGGAAAGAGAAGGAGACCUAGACCGCAGUCUGGUGGUGGACUAUCAGCAGAGGCUGGUUCAGAAGAGACAGGAGGUGGCUCAGCUACAAAAGCAGAAAGAUGACCUCCUCCAAAUGCAAGAGAGGAUACUGACCAUGCAAGAAGAGUACUUAGAUCCAGAUGACUGUGCCCCCUCCCAGCAGUCAGCCGAGGGGGAGGGAUUGCCUCUCCUCUUAGCCCAGGAGCUGGAGAAGCAGCAGCAACUUUACGAUGAGAUCAUGGCAAAGACAGAGAAACUCAAGAACUUGCGUGUGCAAUAUCAGGAGGAGGUUGCCAAGACUUCUGAGCAUGACACCUACUCCUUGACGAGCUCCACAAGAUUGCUCACUGAAGCUGACCUGACAACAGCAACGUGGGGGGGCUCCACUGUCCAGAGUGAUGAGAGCAGCGACAAUGACUCGGACAGCUCUGGAGGAGAUCCUCCUCAACAAACAAUAGGUGCCAGCGUGUCUGUGCAGACAGGAGAUGUUGUUCCGGAUGAGCAGCUCCCGUUUAGCGUCACACGCCACACCCCUAGACGUAACCCCGCUAGACGCACCCUCUCCGACACGGGGGACACUCCCAAGAGUGCCGACAAGAGGAGGAAGUUGGAGACAGAGGAGCACAGUAGGGGGGCCACCAGCAAGGGUGCCGGGUCAAAGUAUAAUGGGCCCAGUGCCGUGUGGCCUGGUGUUAUCUUCCCCACUCAAAGGAGACCUGCUCCUACUAGAGACAGCUCUUCCCAGACACCCAAUCACGCUCCAACUAACCACGGUGCCGCUAACUUCCCGCCCCCUGAACCGACAGCUGGUGCAACAAUGAUGCCACCUGGAGACAACAUGAAUCCUCAGUUUGGAUUCAUGUCUAACAUGUGCAGUGAGCUACUGCGAGGACAGAACCAACUCAUUGGAGCUCUCUGUCAUAAAAUGGAUCUCGACUCCAGCAUAAACAUACUCUCUAAUUACCACAGGGAACUGGACGGUUACUAUAGACACAUGUGUCAAGCACACGCUAGGUUGGAGCAAGCAGCCCCUCAGUCCGAAGCAGAGGAGCCUAUUGAUGCCCAACCUCCGCCUGAGACCUCCUCCCUACCACCUGACGAACCUCGGCCUAGCCAGUAUGGCUACCAACAGCAGCAGCCUGGCGUAACAGACCAUCUCUCCAGCGGAGGCUCAAGUCUCCUCAGACCACCUCCCCCUAUGCCGAUGGUCAUGUCGCAAAGCCCCUACCCCCCACGGCCUGUAUACCAGCCAGGAUGGUAUCACAAUCCCUCUCCAAUGGCAUUCUCAUUCUCGCCUCAUUUCUCGAGCCAGUUUGGGACAAAUGGCAUGUCUCCAUUCCAAGGCUGGCCUCAUUUCGGUUCCACUGGGUACUCCCCUCAAGUUGUCCCCCCACACAAUGUUCAGCAAAAUCCAUCCACAUUCCACCCUGGCGCUACCAAUGACGGAACUCAUGCUGAAUUCCCAGAGAUUAAUUUCCGAGAUUUGCUUCUGAAUAGCCCGUCUGGAAUCACGUCAGCGUCCGUACAAGUGCAAGCUCCAUCGACUCCGCCCCCAAGUGCCCCGCCUAGUGUGAAGAGUCUAAACAGCAACAACAACAACACUACUCAACUUAGAGUACCAACGACUACUGUAGGCAGCUCCAAUUAUGCGGAGGGCAUGCCAACUAACAGUGAGAGGGAGGGAGGCAACAAAGAUCAAGACGAGGAGUCAAUCUCUUCAAUGCCUUUCAGUGCACCAGACGAUACUGAAGUAGCUCAGUCAUCCUCUGAGGUACUGGUGGAGGGUGGAGCUGGCUUCUCGGUGUUUGAUGCCCUCAGGGACACCAUCUACUCGGAAGUGGCCACCCUCAUAGCCAACAACGAGAACAGACCACACUACCUGGUGGAACUGUUUCGAGAGCUUCAAUUGGUUAACUCGGACUAUCUUCGUCAGCGAGCACUCUACAACAUCCAGGACCUGGUUACCCGCUUCCUGACGGGGGAGGAUGAAGCCACACCCACUCAUGGACCCCAGAUUGCUGAUUCUUUGGAGCCAACGUCCAGUGAGAGUGAGGGCACCACUGAGGAAGAACCACCCCAACCCCAGCCCUCAGAGCUCACCAGCCAGGUGUACGAUUACGUUGAGUUAGCCCAGAGUGGCAGCUCCCUCUCCACACCGCCUUGUCCCGACCAACCCUUUGCUGCUGACGAUCUCGGGGACACUGUGAUACGACGAGACAGGGCUCUGGCUAAACUUGUGAGCGGUGAAGAGGAGGGUAGUCCCGCGUUACAGCCCCCCGUGGUGAGUCCCGGACCCCUGGUAAAUGAAGAGGGUGUGCUGGAGACAUCCUUUGAGCAAGAACCACCGGGAAAUACAUUUCUGGACACAAAACUAUUGGACGAACAAAUCAAAGAUGUUAUGACUGAGGUGAUUCCUAUACUCAAGGCCAACAUGGCUGCCAGCUGCUGCCCCUCGUUGCUGGAUCAGAUCAAGAACACUGUGUUGGAUCUUGUGCUGAAAAAAGAAAAAGAAAGAAACCCUGAAUUCUUAGAGACGCUCACGAAGCAGAUUGAUUCCACAGUCACAGAAACUUUAGAGAAAUAUCGAGACAAGAAUUUUAAGGACUGUGGUGAAGACAUGUUGGUGGACCUCAGUGAAGUGCUGUUCAAUGAGCUUUCAUUCUUCAACCUCAUGCAGGACCUCAGAGACCAUCCCCAGCUGAGCUCAGACUUUAGGUCAGUCACAUCGUCCCAAACCACCACUGAGAACGACGACACUGGUGACGAAACUAAAGCUGGGCCGAUGGAUGCUCUCCUCCUGCAGGCACUCACUCUACAGGCCAGUAGGAGUCUGGUGGAUGAGGAAGAGGCUCUUGGAAAGAUGAGGGAUGAUGAGUUGGCUAAGACGUGGGACCCGAGUCCACAAAGUGAUGAAGAAGACAUAACAAGAGAAGAGCCUCCUACCGCUUCAAAUAUUACCCCAGAGGCCAUAAUCGAUUCACCCACGGAGGAACCUUUAAGCAAUCCUGAGGCCCCAAUCACUCCACCUACAACUACCCCUCAACCUAGUGUGGGAGUUGAGGGAGGGGCUAGUGGAGAGGUUGCCGACAAUAUUGACCCUAUGCCAGGUAUAGAGCACAAGGAGACGAGUAGUAGUGCAGGUGACAACACGGAGGCCACUGGUGGAGAGGAUUUGCCAACCCCUACCAAACCGACCGAGGGGGAGACUAAUGGAGACGAUGUCGUUGCUCAGGUGCCAAGUGUGGAGCAUGACGAGUCUGGAGAUAUUGCACCCGUGGGAGGGAUUGGAACGGAGGGUGGGGCCAUCCAACAACACCACGCCUCCUCUCCACCAAGUCACAGUCUGGUGGCCAUCCCUCAGAUCACACUGGAUGUUCAGUUGAAGAGUGAGCAGGAGUCCAUUGAGGGGCUACCAGCAAUCAUAGCCAGCAUUGAGGGUCAGGGACAAGAGCUUGCUGGGACUGGAGAAGAGUUGCCCUCAAAUGAACAGGCUGAACCGUGAACUGCGUAUUAAUUAUUAGCCACUUCCCCUGAAUUGAACUAGAAUCUAUUUACUAGAUUGUAAUGUACUAUCGAUUAACGUACCUUAUGACGGCUUGCAGUCACUUAAUGCAUUAUGGUAUCAAAUUUUGAUGAUUUAUAACGGUAAAAUUAA